AUGAUCCUGCACUGGCUGGGCAUCGUUCUUGGAUGCCUAGCAGCUGCCGCACCGGCCGAGCAACUACAGUCACAGACAGAGAACAGUAAGAAGACGAGUCGGGGCCAGGCGGAGUGCGGCAAAUUUCAGGGAUGGGUAGGUGCAGAAAAUCACAAGACGAAAUGCCACAUCGCUAAAAAUCCGUGCGACUGCAUCAGAGCAAACGAACUUUGCGGCUGGUGCGCCGAUGAGUCUUUUCAAUACGGUCGCUGCGACCUACCAGCUAAUCUCGAAACCCUCAAGUGCCAAGAUGUUCAGACAGUGGAAUCGAAGGUCUACACUGGAAAUGCCGAUUUCAACCCCGAGAAAGACCGCAUCUUCCCUAAGGACGCCAACGCCAUCAUCCGAGUUGGCGACAGUGUAGACUUGCUCUUCAAUGUCACCGAACCGCGAAUUUAUCCAGCCGAACUUUACUAUCUUAUGGAUGUUUCUUAUUCGAUGCGUGAUGAUAUGGAACGCAUGAAGAAAAUGGGAGGCGAAAUUGCGAAGAAGCUGAGAGAGCUCACAAAUCAAGAAGCAAUGGUGAGAAUCGGCUUCGGUACUUUUGUGGAUAAAGUCAUCUCACCUCAAACGGAAAUGACACCUUUUUAUUUGGAAAAACCGUACAGGGACAACUUCGAAGUCGAUUCCCCGUUUUUGUACAAGAAUGUGAACCCACUCACCGACGACAUCACCAAAUAUACGGAGAAUAUGCAGAACGAGCAUGUUUCUGGAAAUCUCGAUGGACCAGAGGGCGCUCUUGAAGCAAUGUAUCAAGCUGUUCUUUGCCGAGAUGAAGUUGGCUGGCAGCACAACACACUCAAGCUCCUCGUUCUGGCGACCGAGAGUUGGUUCCAUUCAGGCGGAAGUGGCAUGGGCAAGCUUUCAGGUCUGAUCGACCCGGCUGAUGAUCAAUGUCAUCUUGAAAAUAACGAAUACAUCCGUGGUGACCAGCGCGAUUAUCCGACCAUCAAGCAAGUCGUCGAUGUUCUCGAAGAAAACUCAAUCAUUCCGAUCUUUGCCGUUCGAAAAGGCCAGCUUCAUCAUUACCAAAACGCCACUGAGCAGCUUUUUAAAGUUGGCUCCGCUGAGAUUUUGGAGGAAAAGUCAAAGAAUAUCCUUGACCUUAUUGAAAAGGCUUACAACAUUAUUACACAAAAACAACACUUGGUGCUCAACACAAAAGAGUUUCUUGACGCGAAGGAUGUUUGUCUUGGAACUGAAGCUGUUUUCACUGACGCACAGGGUGUUGUUAAGGAGUUCACCGACGGCGAGGAUGUCACAGGGUUGAGCAAGAAUAGCAACGUUCAGUAUACGAUUCGUCAAUCGGUUCACCCUGAUACUUACUGCUCCGAUACCUGCAGAACUACAAGCAAGUGGGGAGAGUUGAAAGUUCGAACUCAGCGAUAUGACGAUUUUCUUCUCAUCAACACAACUAUCCGAUGCAAUUUCGACUGCAUGGAGCAAAUCGAAGCCAACUCGAUCAAAUGCUCCGGAAACGGCGACUUUGCCUGCGGCGUGUGUCUCUGCCACGAUCUUUUCUUUGGGAGCGUGUGCGAAUUCGAACGGCCGCCCUGUCCUACCCCAGGACAAAACUGUACUGAUUGUAUAAAUCCAGAAAUGCCAACAGAAAUUUGCUCCGGCCAAGGACAGUGCCCGAAGAAUUUCUGCGAGUGCAAUCAAAUCGAGUCGGGAAUCAUCUCUGGCAAGUGGUGUCAGUGCUCAAAUACUGACUGCUACAACGACGGAGCUGAUGGAACCAAGCCCGGUAUUUGCUCCGAUCAUGGCCAAUGCGUGUGCGAUAAAUACGACGGCAGAGGGAUUUCUAAAUGUAUGUGUGAUAAGGGCUGGACGGGAGAUUUCUGCGAGUGUCCGGCUUCUCAGGAAACUUGCAGGGCUGAUAGCUUCGCAGAAAUUUGCUCCGGUCGAGGAGAAUGCAAGUGUGGAAAGUGCAUUUGCGAAUCGGACGACUGGACUGGUCCUUUUUGUGAUACAAGAAAUUGCGGAGGAAAACCGUGCGCCAACUGUAAGACUUUCUCUGCUUGUAUCGAGUGUAAGUACCACUCUGACGAUAAAGAAGACUGCGACGAUGUCUGCCCGAAGUCUGAUAACUCAGAGAUUACGUAUACACUCGUUGGUAAAUCAGAGCUUGUCCCAGCUGGAGAUGAUAAAACGGCAAAAUACUCCUCUGAAGCUGGCCAGCUCUGCUCUGCAAUGACUCAAGCUAGAGAAGGAGAGCCACCAUGCAAGUUUUACUACAAAUAUUACGAGAAAGAUAAUGGCGAUAUCCAAGUUUGGGCAGAAGACGAUCCUCAUUGCGGAAUCGAAUACUCUCUUAUCAUUAUUCUAUGGGCGGUUUUGGCUGCUCUCUUGAUCGGGCUACUGUUCUUGUGCUGCUGGAGAAUUUGCGUUUUCUGCGUUGACCGCGAAAAGAGAUUCCCAACGAUCGCCUACCUCGUCGAGUUCAUCAAAGCCAAAUAUUUCAUGAAACGCUCGCAAACAGUAGCUGUAAUUCCAGUGAGAAGAUCUGUAUUUGAUGGCAAUCUGUCUAUCAAAUGGCGCACCUUCCCUGUCUCCGUGGCGGAUGAUGAUUUCCGACUGAUUCGGGAAGGAGAAAGUGGUACUCUGGCAAGCUCGCUCGCUAGAGGCGAUGGAAACUCCGUAGAGAUGGAACGACUCUUGAGCAAGACAAACUGGGGCCAGGGCCAAAUCGAGUGGAAAGAUGGAGAAGAAUUCGCAGACAUCCAUAUUGACAUCAAAGGCCCUCAAUUUGAAGGCCGAGAGGCAGCUUUUAUCGUGGAGCUAAUUGAUCGACCAGAGGAAGUUCACUUUGGACAGAAGCGCACGAAAGUAAUUAUUAUCAAAGACGACGAGCCUGGCUCCGUCGGUUUCGCCAAGCCCUCGUACGUCUUCAAAGAGGCGGACCACUCUGCGCUCAUCCCAAUUCACCGUGCCAAUGGUAUCGACGGGCGAGUUGUUGUUUCGUACAAGUCUCGAGAUAUGACCGCCAUUGGUGGCCAGCACUACAGACAAACAUCAGGUGAAAUCAUUUUCGAAGACGGCGAAACCUCAAAAGUCAUCGAGAUCGAGUUCUUCCAAGACUCUAUCUUUGAUGGCCGUGAAAAAGCAUUCAACCUCGAACUCUUUGAUCCUCUCGGCGGUGCUACUCUCGAUUGCGACAGAUGCAUGGUCACUCUUCUAUAUGACGAGACUGUAUCUGUUGUUCAAUUCCUCAGACAGUCCUAUCCAUUCUUAGAAAAUUGCCAGAAAGCAGCUGUUCCAGUUAUCCGAACAAGAUCAACAAAAGGCAGAUCUUCAGUUCGAUACAGAACUCGAGAUAUUACCGCUAGGGCUGGGGUUGACUAUAAAUCAGUUGAGGGCGAGUUAGAAUUUGCGAAUGGAGAAACUGAGAAACUCAUUGAAGUUUCCAUUAUUGAAAACGAUCGAUACAUUGAAGAAGGAAGAACUUUUGGUCUCGAGCUUUACGAGCCAUCUGAUGGAACAAAGAUGGAACUCAACAACUGUGAAAUUAAGAUCAUCGAAGACGACGACCCGGGACGUUUUGAGCUUGCGCGAAGCAAUUAUGUCUUUAAAGCUGGCAAAGAGGCAGCCAUUAUUCCUGUGAUGAGAUCGAUGGGUGCCGACGGGACCGUCAAACUCCCAUGGGUCAUUAGAACACAAGAUGGCUCUUCAGUUCCCGACGAGAUCACAACUUCGGGCACCUUAGUAUUUGAAAACAUGGAAAUCGAUGGCGCGAUCGAUCUGAAUGUGAAUGUCGACCGAGAAGAAGAUACAAAUCUUAUUAUCGAAUUGAUGCAGCCAACGAAUAAUGCUCGUCUUGGUCAUCAACGAUCGACAAACGUCAAAAUCUACGGAAAAGGACAUUUUGAUGAAGUUGAGCUAAACGUUGUCAACCCAACAAUUCUUCGCGGCGCUGGAAUGUCUCCAUUAAUUGUAAACUUGGAGCGAAAAAUCCGCCUGGAUCCUCCUCAAGCAUCAGUCGUUCUGUUUGAAACUAUCGACGGAACUGCUAAAGCAGAAGAUCAUCACUAUUCUGCUGUUAAGAAGGCAGUCAUCUUUGAUGCUAACGAGACUCUCCAGCAAGUCAAGAUUUUCGUCGACGACGAGAUCGACGACGAAACUAAUGAUGACCUUAUCUUCACCUGCAAAAUCAUUCCAAUUUCUGAUUCCGUCAUUGUAACUCGCGACUCUCAAGAAAUCUUGAUAACGAAUCCAAUCGAAGCUGUCCGACAGCAAAAUGUCAGAGGCGCCAUGCGCAAUAGUGCGAAGAUUUCUUUCACUCAAGAAAAGCAUCUUUGCAGACUUUCGGAAGAAACUUAUACUUUGACUGUCAAGCGAAUCGGCAAAGAAGACCGCCAGGCCUCUUGUGUUAUUCAUCUAGAGCUAAUUGAAGGCUCGAUUCUUCCUGAGAGUGAGUUGAUCCCUGUUGAGGUUCGCUUUGAACCUAACGAGUCUCAAAAAGAACUAACUCUACCUCUGCCAUUAAUGGACUGCGAACAAAUUCUCCUAAAACAUUCUCUUUCCGAUUAUGGUCCAAACACAACUGGUGGCAAUCUAACGGAAACUGUUGUCAAUGUCAUCAAUGACAGACACGUUGGCACUGUUGGCUUCGGCGUUCCAGAAGUGACCUUCCCAGUCGCCGACAUUCAGCAAAACAUUCAUAUCCUUCGACACGGAGGCACCGACGGACCACUGGAGAUAGAACUUAGCUCUGUCGGAGACUCGGCAGUGAAUCAGGUUCACUACGAGUUCGAAGAUGGAACAAAGGUUUUCUUCGAAGACGGACAGUUCCAAGCUUCUGUGCCAAUCACAUUCAUUCCUGGCAAUCAUGGAAAGAUGGUUUCGCGAAAGAUGCAAUUGAAGAUUGAUUCCGUUUCUGGAAUGGGUAAAAUUGGUCAGGAAACAUGUUCGAUUCAACUCUUGACUGAUCAAGCUCCUUGCUCGAUUUCUUUCGCUCGCCCUGAAUUUUCUUUCAUGGCAAAAUCUGGUGAUCAGGGUCUUCCGCUCCUUCGAAUCGGCUCGCUGGAGAAGCCUGCUGAGAUCAAGUGGUCAUUUGUAGACCACACUGACAUGCUUGAAGAAAAGGCUUCCCAACUUCUGUCACUUUCCGUAAAAAUCGAACCGAUUAGCGGACAAGCAGCAGUUUCGCUGGGAAAAUACCCUGACGCCAUCAUCAAAGUCAUCAGUGGUCAUGAACCUGGAUCCUUCGAGUUCAGAAAGACACGAGCAGUUUGUCGCCAAAAUGAUGGCCAAAUUGAUCUCUCUGUCGCUCGUCAAGGAGGUGCUGAUGGAGAGGUCAAGGUUGACUGGUCUGCUUCAUCUGAUCUCGAGAAAUACGAUGGCCUCUCUGGUGAAAUCGUUUUCGCCGAAGGAGUUCACGAGCAGAUCAUAAAAAUUGAUAUCGACAAGGAAAUGAAGUCCGAUACAGAGUCAUUCUGUGUUCAGCUUUUCAAAUGUUCUGAUGGCCUUAUUGGCGCUAGAAAUAUGGCAAAUAUUUCUGUCCUCAAAGAGAGCGAAGACGUUGAGUUUGAAUUUGAAACCGACUUCAUCACGACUGACAUCGGCGCAAUUGAUGUUGCCGUCGGUGUUAUUGUAAAAGGCGAGCUCGAAGAUCUCGUGUCCUUGAGGUACGCUACUCAGCCAGAUACUGCUCAACCAGGCGAACAUUAUCUUACUCAAUCUGAACAGCUCGUUUUCAAACCGAAUGAGUCCCGUAAAGUCAUCAACCUCAAUCUGCUCGAUGCACCCCUUGAAGAACCUGUAUCCCUCACACUAUCACUUCUGGUCGCGACUGGACCAGGACGAAUUGGAUUGAAGGACUCUUGUGUUAUAACAAUUCCUCCAGCUGGGCAUCCCGGACAAGUCAGUUUUACUCAAGACUUCUUGGAAGUCUCUCAGUCUGACAAAAUUGUCCAAUUGCCCCUAACUCGAUCGCGAGGAAAUCGCGGUGCUUUACCGGUUGGCUGGUCUGUCUCAUCUGAUAAUUGGUAUGACAGAAAUAAUGGCCAAAUCAUGUUUGAUGAUGGCCAAUCGGAAACUCACAUCGACUUCCCACUGAACUGUCAGCCAUCAGAUGUUCCUAUCGAAGAAUUCACAAUCAAGCUGCACAAACCUGUUGGAAAAGCUGAACUUGGUCCAGUCCCUAGCCUGACCGUUAGAGUCCACAAUGACCUCGAAGGUGGUCGAGUGGGUUUCGACGACGAAUCCAGUGAAAUUCUUGUUCACGAUACUGACGUUAUGACAACAGUUCUCGCACUUUCUGAUGGCAGAAAUCGGGUGGAGUUUGACCUUGAGUACCAGCUUCUCCCAGUUUCUGUAGAUCAGAAUGUCGCAGCUGAGCUCGCUGAAGCAUUUGUUAGCACGAUUCAAGUACCGGCUGGUCUUCAACGCAUUCCUAUUGAAAUCCCUAUCUCCUACAUCCCAUCUGGUCAGUCUCAGUGUCUUCUCGUCAAACUGCUCAAGUCGAAUAAUGGCGUCAGAAUUGGUGACAACGACCAACACAGGUUGACAAUUCUCUCACCUAAACGAACGAUUGGAUAUAUGGAGACGAAGGUCAACGCUAAUCAAUCUACUCGCGAACUGAUUCUCAUUGUCAAGCGAAAAAUUUCGAACAAGGAAAAUCUCACUGUUCCUUGGAUUGCGUACACCUCUCCCGAGCCACUCAGUGGGGUUCUCAACUUUGCUGAUGGACAGGAAUUUGACGAGGUGCGAAUUCCAUUUAAGCAAAUGUAUAUUUCUGGCACGCCACUUGUGGAAGAGUUCGAUGUUGAGCUCAAACCUGGAGUCGUUUAUGAUUUGGAAGAUCGACGAGGAAAGUGUCACGUUACACUCAACAAUGAUCUCGGUCCUGGUGUCAUUGAAUUUAGUGAUGAGUCUGUAAAACAGCUCCAGUCAAAUGGAAAUAUUACUGUACGACUUCUGCGUCAUGAAAGAUGCUUGGAAGAAGCGACAGUCAAAUGGCGAGUCGAUGCUCCCGAAGGAUCAUAUUUCCGAGGUCUUGUUGGAACUGCCCAAUUCAGAAGUGGCGAUGAAGGUCUUGAUCUUGCUAUCAAUGUUCCAGAAAUGCCACAGGACAACUCAGAGGAAAAGUUCACAAUCACUCUCGACCAACCUAUCAAUGCUUCUCUCGGCGACAAAACUCAGUGUUCCGUGUCUCUUCUCAAUGAUAAAACUGCUGGAGAAAUUGCCUUCUACGAUCCUCUUCCUAAAAUUGAACAACAAUCAAAUGGACGGUUGAGCGUUUGCGUUGUCCGAACACAAGUCAGUGAUGGAGAUGUUACCCAGCCUUGGAGACUUCAACCCUUCUCCAGCACACAUACUGCCUACAAGGGAAUAAGUGGAGAGCUUGAUUUUGCUUCUGGAGAGACAAAGCUGUGGAUCCACCUUGAUCUACCGACCGAGCCACAAGAGUUCCCAGACGAGUCUUUCUUCAUUGUCCUCGAUAGACCAAAGGGAGGAGCUCGACUGAAGAAUGGCGAGCAGCGCUUAGAAGUCAAGAUCGAAAACGACAUCAGAUGGCCAAAAGUCGGAUUUGCUGAGAAGUCUCUUACAUUCAAGCAAUCAGAUGGUGUUCAUAAAAUUACCUUGUUCCGAUCGUCGGAGAUGACCGCCCCAGUUGUCGUGAACUGGAAAGUUGACCCAAAGUCGAAUGGACAAGAUUACAAGGAUUUCCAUGGACAACUCGUCUUCAAUCCUGGCGAGUCCACAGCGUCAAUUAUCCUCACAUCGCCACUCGUCACAAAAGGCGCUAACGAGGCCGAGUUCGACAUCAUUCUUGACCCCGUCACUCAACCAGUGUUGGGCGAGCUUCUCAAUUGCCACAUAAGAAUCGAGAACAACAUCAAACCGGCAAAGAUCGGUUUCUCCGUUCAAACAGAUGAACCAAAACAGUCUGACAAGCAGUUGAAGCUGAAACUUGAGCGUAGCGGAUUCCAAUUCGGAGACGCAACUGUUCGGUGGCAGUGUGAGACGCAUCUUGGCGAUGAAAGUUUCAUGAAAGAAUACCAAGCCAACUUCAAAGACGGCGACUUCGACCAAGACAUUGUCAUCGAUCUUCCCACGCAUCCGAUGAAAGAAAAAGACGCGAAAUAUAUUUUUGAGCUUCUUGGCCUUGACGGCGAUGCCGAAUUCGGAGAUCCAAAUAGACUAGAAAUUCUUGUCAAGAAUGACAUUCAGUGGCCAAUUGUCGAGUUUUCUAAUGCAAAGCUGACAGCGCGACAGACCGAUGGAACUAUUAAAAUCCCAGUCAAGCGAGAUGGAACCGCAAAUGCAAUCAAAGUUAGCUGGCGAGAAAAUGGCGAGCGACUUUUUGCCGGAGACUGGCGCAAAGAUGCUGGAACUCUGGAAUUCGAAAUCGGCGAAGAUCAAAAAUUCAUUGAGCUAGCUGUUUGCCAGAAACCCUCUGCAGCGAAAUCGCUUGAACUUGAAUUGCAACUUCUUGGAGCUGAUGAAGAUCAAGAUUUCCUUCUCGGUGACAAUAUCAAAUGCACAGUCAAUCUUGUGCAAGACGUGCUUUUCCCAAAAGCAAGCUUUGAUCUCCCAGAACUUAACUUGAAGCAGAGUGCUGAACGCGUUCGUAUUCCUGUAGCUAGAACAACGAACAUGCGGGAGGAGGUUUCUGUUGACUGGUAUGUUAAAUCUGACCAUCCAGCAUUUUCUGCGCUCAAAGGAAAGGUCAACUUCGGCGAUGGACAAUCACUUGGAUAUAUUGAGUUUGAUUUGCCAAAAAUUCCGAUCGGUGAAAGCUUUUCUACCUUCCAAGUCUGUCUUGACCGAGAGAAUGACGUUUGUAAGAUAGGCUCGCAGCCAGAUUUGACGAUGACAGUGGAGAAUGACAUCAAACCAUCCGCGGUAGAAGUGAUCGAAUUGGAGCAGAUGGUUGUCCGAUCAGCAGGAUCAAUUCCAGUUGCACUUUUGCGUAAAGGAUUCGCCGACUGUCCAAUGACCAUAAGUGCUCAAGUCGUCUUAGAGAAUCAAGAAAUCCUCACAACUCAAGUGUCAUUUGCUCCGGGACAAGUUGAAGCCAGCUUUUCAAUUCCGGUUGAAACCAUUCCUCGAUACACCGAUGUUGACAACUACAAAGUCAUCAUCACUGAUAUCAUAAGCGAUCAUUCAUUUGACUUGCCGAAGAAAGAAGCUGUUUUCCAAGUGCACAAUGAUUUGCCACGAAGUCACGUGGAGGUCAAAUCAAAGCAAGCAGAGGCACUGCAAUCUUCUGGACAUGCUGAUUUUACUAUGAAACGAUUCGGUAAUCUCGAAGGCGAGCUCAAAGCAAACUAUUCAAUUUUCGGCGGUGAUCUUGACGGACACACAGGAUCAAUAAUCAUGAAAGAUGGCGAAGAAGAAAUGGACUUUAAGGUCCCUCUUCCUGAUGUUCCACUUUCUGGUGAUAUGGGGAAGAUUGUUAUCUCGAUGGACAAUGUUGAAGGUUUCAGCUGUCCGACACUAGAAUGUAAAAAUGUUGAGAUCGACAUUAUUCACGAUGUCAAGCCCACCAAAAUCGCCGUGAUCAAGCCUGAAACUGCCAAACAAUCUGAUGGUCCCAUCAAAAUGAAGAUUGUUCGAUCAGGAAAUUCUGCAGAUUGUGUGACUAUUCCCUACAAAAUCUCAGCUGAUCUUCCCGGAUUCCGACCAAUCGAAGGGGUCGUCUUCUUUGACGCAGAUGAUGCUGAUGAAAAAGAAGUCGAAAUCGCAAUCGAUAUGACACCAUCGGAAGUUCUCGAAGCUACUUACAUCAUUGAAAUUGAAAAGGCUCGAGGUGGAUUGAUGACGGAAAUUGAAGAGCCUAACUUCAAAAUCGUUGUCUCCCAGGAUGUCAAAAUCCCAGUUAUUUCUUUCGACAAAAUCGACUUUACGUGCCGACAAUCAGAUGAUCAUCUCAUGGUUCCCAUCAAGCGAGAUUUUAGCCAACAUGGCCCUGUUAUGGUAAAGUGCCAGAUUUGUUCGACAAGUGGAAUCAAUGAAGAAAAGUGGGAACGUUUUGAUGAUGGAGAAGACUUGAAAUUUAUCAAAGUCGACUUCUCGAAGACCCCUCUUAAUAUUGAUCUCGAUGAGUACACCCUUACUCUGGUUGCUGUUGAAGGCGCAUGUUUGCCAAAACUCGGUGAUGAUAUUCUUGCUAAAGUCAGCGUUGAGAGCGAUCUAAAAGCAACAAUCAUUUCUUUGCCAAAGACAAGCUUCUCUUGUAAGCAGAGCGAAGAAGUUUUGGAUGUCAAAGUUGUGAGAUCCCCGCCAAAUCUCACUGGUGAUGUGACAAUUGGAUGGCAUGUUGUGGACGCCGAUCAUGAAAACCCAUUAGAUCCCUUCUAUGAACGACAACGCGGCGUGGUAAAGCUGAAGGAUGGAUCUGAGGAAGCCACAAUCCAAUUCAAGCUGGUGCAAGUUCCGCAAAAAUUCUCCGCAAACAUCGCUAAGAUUGUUAUGGAACCCCCUGUUGGUGGUCGAUGCACUGAAAUGACACAAACUGAGGCUCUAGUAGCUAUUGAAAAUGAUAUUCCAAGGCCUUUAAUUUCCCUUGAUCUAACUGAAACAAAAGUUAGACAGACAAAUGGAGAUGUCUCAUUGCCAGUUACUAGAAGUAGAUUUAUGGGAGGUAGAAUUCUUAUUCCGUGGUAUUUGGACGUGACGAAUGAGCACUCUCCUUACUAUGGCGUCGGCGGACGAGAAAUGAUUGACGACGGUGAAAGCACAACGGAGAUUAAAUUCAAGCUUCCAAAUUUUCCGAUUUGGGCGGAAAGCAACAAACUCAUGCUACGUCUUGGCGGAAUUGGCGGCGAUCAUCAUCCAGAAGGUCACAAAACAAAGAAUGCAGCCAAAGUUUUCGUCAACAACGAUAUCCAAGCUGAGAUGUUGAGCUUUUUGGUGAAUGAAAUAAUGGCAAAGCAGUCUGACGGCGAUAUCACACUUCAUAUAAACCGAUCUGGCUUUUUGAAUACCCCUGUCAGCUCAAAGUACCACGUCAAAUCACUUGAUCCAAAAUUUGCCGCUAUCAAAGGAGAAGUUGCUUUCCGAGCUGGUGAUGUUGACAGAACAAUUGUUAUUCCUGUCUCUCGUGAUCCAAGUCCGGAUGAACACGUCAUCUUCACUGUUGUUCUUUCUGUACCAGUUCUUGAUGACCAAGAGGAGCAGAACUCACCAGCACGCCGAAAACCUAAGUUAGGAAAGCAUCCAGUUAUGGCCGUCACUCUUCUCAACGACAUAUCGAGACCGACGACAUCACUGCCAGUCGAGAAAAUUACCGUCCGUCAAUCAGAAAAAGUCUUUUCCGUUGCCGUUGUCCGAGGUGGCGAAGGAGAAUGUGUUGUCGCAUGGAAAGUUGCAAACGCGCGAGCCAAAUCUUUCUACGAAAAUCUCACCGGAAAUGCCAAGUUCACAGGAGAUAGUCGUCUCUUCAAGGUCGAGUUCGACCUCCCACAAGCUCCACAAGAUGUGGAUGAAGACACGUUUUGCGUGGAGCUUUACGACCCUCGAGGUGAAAACAACCCGAUGUUGGGGGCUAUACACGCAGCUGAAGUUACUGUUAUCAACGACAUCAAACGUCCUACUGUAUCCUUUACCACGGAAAAAGCAAGUGUUGUGCAAUCGGACAAGAAACUUGUUUUGCCCGUCUGCCGAAUGUACGCUAAAACUGACGCCAUUAAUGUCAAUUGGAAAAUCUCCUCGAAAUUUGGUGCAAAAUCACCUUAUAACAACCUAACUGGAUCAUUUUCAUUCCAACCAAAUGAAGAGCUCCAAACACUAGAAAUUAAUAUAAGUCAAUCACCGGUGCCUGACCUCUCUGACGAUGAGCUCACAGUAACACUUAUUCCUGAUGCUCCAGUUCAACUUGGAGAAAAGAAGCAAUGUACAGUUCAGCUUGUGUACGAUAUCAAACCUGCCAAUUUUCAAUUCGAAGCUGGCGUUACAUCACCUCUAUUUUUCACUCAAUCUGACAGUUCUGGAAAGCUUACAAUUACUCGAAGCGGGAACGCGUCUGGAAGUGCUACUCUCAAGCUUUCUCAAAAAUGCAGUUCGAAUCCCUUCUACAACAAAAUUUACGAAAUCAAAUUUCUCAAUGGAGAGCUCAAGAAGAAAAUUGACGUCGAACUCGAUCAAACCCCUGGUCAUCACAAAAAAGAUGAAGUCACUGUUGAGCUCGAAGCUAUCAAUGAUGAAGAAGUCGUCAUACCAAUGACCUGUUCAUUCGUCGUCGAUAACGAUCUCAAAGCAGCAAGAUUUGACUUCGAUCAGGCUGAAUUCUCGGUUCUUCAGUCUGAAAAUCAUGUCAGCAUUCCAGUCAAGCGAUCUGCUUCUGCUGGAUUGGCAUCAGUUCGUUGGAGACUGACAACAGAUACUCAUCCCUUCGAGAUGUCUGAAGGAAGACUCGCAUUUGAUGAGACGCAAGAAUUUUAUAUUCUCGAUCUUCCGAUUGCUCAAACAAUGUUUGAAAAAGAGAAGUUUCAUGCUGAAAUCGAACUUUACGAGCCGAAAGGAACUUAUGCCUGCCUUGGCGAUAAUUCGACCGCGACGAUUGAUGUCAAGAUGAAUUUGACGUUCUUUGAAUUCUCGUCAGAUGAUUUCAGUUUCAAACAGUCAGAUUCUGUUGGCAAUGUUGCUGUCAGACGACUUAACAACUUGACCAAGCCUUGCAAAUUGGAAUACAAGACGAGCUCUCCGCUUAAAAUUUCCGAAUGGAAUACGGGAAAGCCUGAAUUUAUCACUUUCGAUGCCCACAGCUCCAAGGCCAACAUCGAGAUGGAAUUCGAUCCUACUCCGAUUUCCGUGACAACCGAAAAAGUAACGGUCAAACUUCUUCCAUCGACAGAGGAGCAUCAAAUGGUUUCUGCUCAAGCUGCGGCCACUGUAAACAUCGAGUACGAUAUCGAACCGACAAAGAUAAAUUUCUCUGAUCCAAUCUGCGUUGCAUCGAAACGCCUUGGCAAAGUGGAGCUUCCCGUCACAUGCGUCGCGAACAAUAGAACGCCAAAAUUGAAAAUAACUGUUUCAUGGCAUUCCGAAGGACUCAAAAAUGAACAGAAAGGACAAAUUAUCUUCUCUGGAGAUCAGAGCCAAGCUGUUAUCUCAAUGGAUAUUGACAUGGUCAAAGUUAAGGAAUACGAAGUCUUCAUUCGUGAGGUUACCGGUGCGCCAUUUGUCUCCAUCAACAAUCCCAAAUGCAAAGUCAAAGUUGUUGACGACUGUCCGGCCUACAAAUUCACAAGUCCAAACAUACAGUUCAACCAGUCUGAUGGCGAUAUCAAGCUAAAAUUGACCUCACCCAUAUCUGCUGCUGGUCGCGAAAUCGCCUGGAAAGCAAAGAAGCCUGUUCCUGGAUACAAACUCAGUGGAAAGGCGAAAAUCAAUGCAGAUGGAACAUGUGAAAUCAUCAUAAAUGUUCCCAAAGAUGUCCAAAAGAUAGAGAGCAUAGACUUUGAUAUAAUCAUCGAUAUUCCCGAAAAUAAGGGUCUGAUUUCUCAAACUGUUGAUGACCUUUCUUGUCACGUUACCGUCGCUCAUGAUGUCGCAAAAGCAAAGGUUGACUUCGUCCUCCCGAAACAAACAGUGAGUCGCCAGUCAACCCCCGUUGUCGAAAUUCCUGUAAAAAGAUCAAAAAAUCUUUCUGGGGAUAUGAAAAUUGCAUAUUCUGUUGAUCAAAAAGAACCAAAGACGAUGAUCAUUCCCGAUGGAGUUUCUGAAGGACUGAUUGAAAUUCACCUUGAUCAGUUAUCCUUCGAUGAGCCAGUCACAAAGAUUAAAGUUGCACUCAUUGGAGUCGAAGGCGUCAGUGAACUUGGCGACGAAGUUAUUCACGAAAUCUCUGUGAUGAAUGAUGUUCCCUUACCAGUCUUCGAAUUCAAAUCGAAGUCAUUCGAAGCUAAGCAAUCCUCCGGAAAGAUAGCCAUUCCCAUCAUCAGAAGCAAUAAUAUUCAGGCGGAAGGUCUCGUUGGCUGGAAAGUAACAUCUCCUAAUACGAAGAGCCCAUUAUUCAAUCUACGAGGCUUGUUGCAAUUUGGUCAGACAGAUUUGAUGAAAGACAUUGAAAUCGAGCUUCCUCAAUUCCCGUCGAUCGUAAAGGAAGAAGUCAUCGAAAUUGCCAUCGAAGCCGUUCGAGGCUCCAAUAUUGGCGACAAAAGUGUUCUUCCGCUAAAAGUAACCUACGAUUUGGCUUUGCCGAAGAUAGAUGUUUCCGUUUCGAAAGCGCUCGUUCAAGCGCGUCAAACCUCCGGAAGUGCAUCAAUUCUAGUUACGCGAUCAGAGAGCCCGAUUCCGACUGCAAUCGAAGUUGCAUGGAUCGCGAAACCAGAUACACCAGACUUUCCUAUUCAAACAGGAAUCAUUGAGCUCAAAGAUGCAGAGCCUUCGAAAGCCAUUAAUCUGGCCCUUCCAUCUAGUCCGAGCUCGUUGGAUGCGAUCGGAAUCGACUUCGAACUCGUCAAAGCAGAUAUCCACACUGCUGAUUCCCGCCAAGCUUGUGCGAUUGGAAACUCCAAGGCACUUAUUCAAGUUGACAUGGAUGUCAAAGGAGUCGAGAUGAAGCCAUCACAGCCAGCUGUUGUCGUCAAGCAGUCUGAGAAAAAAGCGGUCAUCACAUACACUCGAUCCGCUCCAGGUGGCGCCUGCCAACUUCCCUGGAAGACAGUAUCGGAAAGCAAAAAAUAUGACAAGCUCUCUGGAAUUAUAGAGUUCGCUGAUGGAUCCUUGACUGCAUCUGUUUCGAUUCCAUUGUCACUCGAUGAGACUUCUGAUGAAGAAGAAUGUUUUGAUUUCGUUCCCUUUGCACCAAUCGGCGCUGGAAUUUCUACAAUUGACGUGCCACAGCCAACAAGUGUGAAGAUAAAGAAUGAUCUGACGUCUAACCAAGUCGGCUUCAAAGUAUCAACAGGAAAAAUUAAGGCGAAGCAAUCGCAAGGCUCUAUUUCAUUGCCACUGGAAAGAACUGGCCGAGUCGACACUGUCUCUUGGGUUAAAUGGAAGAUCGAUGGUCCACCUCAAAUGGCAGGACUCAAUUCGGACGGUAUCGCUACCUUCCAGUCUGACCAAGUCGAUGGUGUCGUGUUACUAAAACUGCCACAAAAGCCACUCGCUGAACCUUAUUCGAUCGUCACUGUUUCACUUUGCGACCCUGGCGCAGCCAAAUCCGAAUGCAUGCCCUGCAUCUCUGGUACCAGCAACACUGUCAUUUUGCAAAUUGAGAAUGACUUGGAGCCACCAAAGAUUGAAUUCCCAACUUCAAAAGCGGAAUGCAAGCAGUCUGACAAAACUGUGGAAGUGAUGGUUCGUCGCUCUGGAUAUGAAUUCUGCAAGGUGCAGUGCGACUGGUCGACGGACAAGGGCGACUUUGGCACAGUCGAAAUUCCAGAGCAGAUGGAUCAUGUCAAAAUCCCUAUUCCACUUAGCCAAGAGCCGAAAAUUGAUGAGCCCGUUGAAAUGCUUGAAGUUACUUUGGCGAAUCCAAAAUCUUCAGAAGUCACACCAAAAUUGGGAAAUAACAAAUGCUUUGUGAAAAUCUUGAAUGAUGUUUCUCCAAUUACGGUAGAACUUGGAGAAAGCGAGUUUUUCUUCAAACAAUCUGCUGGUGUUAUUGAAAUUCCUGUCCGAAGAUCAAUCCAGACUUCUGCCCUCAUGUCGGUUGCCUGGAAAACAAGCAGUAGUAGCAGAGCUUAUGAUAGUCUCUCUGGUUUCGUCGAGUUUUCCGACUCCUCAGGGGUUGCAUUAAUCAAGAUCUUCUUGGAAAAAGACCCGGUUAUGUCUGAGCAAAGCUCCUUCGAUAUUCAAAUUUCACUUGAUGACAAAAAGAUUGCACUUGGACGACGCCAAGCUAGAAUUAACAUUGCCAAUGAUGUAAAACGAAGCAUCGUUUCCAUGAAACCAACGACACAGGGCCAGUUAGAAUUCAAACAGAGCAACAAACGUUGCUUCCUACACGUCGCUCGACGAGAAACAGCUCAAGAACGCAUCGAAGUUCCCUGGCAUGUUAGCUCUUCUGAUCACAAUUCGCCGUGGAAUACUGUCAAGGGAAAAGUUAUCUUCGAAAAAGGACAGUACGAAUCUGUCAUUGAAAUGCCAAUGCCUUCGGAGCCGAAUCCAAACACUCCUGUCGAAGAAAUCGACCUUGUUCUUGAAGACCCGACCGGACAAGCUAUUAUUGACAACAAACUAAGAGGUUGCCAUUUCAAGGUUCUCAACGACAUUGGAAUGGGUCUGAUUGAAUUCAAACGACAGUCCUACCAAGUUGACUUGAGCAAGGAUCUCGUCGAAAUCGCACUGAUUAGAUCGAAAGGAGCUGCGUUCGGAACUGUUGUUGAAUGGUUUGGAACGCCAGUGAAUCCAUCUGAUGCUCUCUACCGUCCUCAAGGCGGCAAAGCCUUCUUCCGCCCUGGUGAUAAGGAAACAAACAUCCAGUUGGCAGUAGAAAACGAUCCUUCUGGAAAACCAAUUGUCUUCAAUUUGACUCUAUCCGGCGUUACUGGACGAGAUACUCUUGGUCCAUGCGUUGUUACUGAAGUUCACGUGGGCUCUCAUCUUGAAUCGCCUGGCCAGGUGCUUCAUCAAUCUGCCAACCUUGUUGCCGACCAGCAAGCAGAAGUGAAAUGGCAGAGGCCUGAAACUGGUGGACCUCCAAGUGAGUACGUCGUGCUCUACUGGGAAGAAGGCAAAGAAAAUCAGCGAAAUGAGCACGUUUUACCAUCAACAGUGACUUCGUGCUGUCUCGAAUUAGAGCCGGACAAGAAGUAUAACAUCACUGUUAUCGCGCGUAAUUCUGCGGGAAACAAAGCACCACCACUUCCAGUGAGAAUCAAAACUUUGCCAGCAAUAACCUUGACAUACAAAUCUGACUACGAAUUUAACUCGUCUGAUGGACGCGCUGAAAUCACAGUAACUCGAAAUACAACUGAGUUCCAGACGACUCUUUCGUGGCGCAUGAUGAGGAAAGUCAUCCAUAUGCCGAAGAAUGAGUCUUCUGAUUUGUCAAACUCUGACGAGCCUGAACCUCUUUCUUCUGGUGUCAUCAAUUUCGACAAGGGAGUCAAAAGCAUGUCGUUGCCGAUCAAGCUUAACGCUGACAUGAUCACAAUGAAGGAGAAGAAUGCGCUGUAUAUCGGCGAACCUGGAGGAGAGAUUCUUGCAGAAAUAUCGAUAACCAUCGUGAACGAUACAGGCAUCCCUGGCCGAGUAAGCAAAAUCUCCGUCAGCGAUAUCACAAGCAGAGAAGUCAGAAUCAAUUGGAGCAAGCCAAGACUUGGUGGUCCCGUGGGAGAGUACAAAGUGGCUGUUCGAGACUUCCGUACUGGUCGAGAAAAGUCCAAGAUCGUUUCAAACGAUGAAUUUACAGCAGUUAUCGGUGGCUUGUCUCCUGAUUCGAUGUACAAAGCUCGAGUUAUUGCCAUCAACAGGCGUGGAAAGAGUAGAUACUCCAAAUUCGUCGAGUUCAACACUCUCAAUGAUAUUGAAAUUCUCGAUGCCCGAGAUUACAAGAUGUCGGAAAGAGUCGCUACAAUUAAAAUUCAACGACGAUCAACGCAGGAUGGUCUUCGACUGAAAUGGCAAGCAAUUGCUAUGGCUGAGCCGCCUCAGAAUUGGGGAACUGGCGAGCUGCAGUUUGCGCCUGGUCAGGAUACGGCGCUUGUCCAAAUCACGCUCUUUGAUAGAUCUAUCAAGUCAAAGUCUGUUCCAGUCAAACUCCAAAUUGUUGAUAAAAACUCUUUGAUUUCUGAAGUCGAUUUCAAAGUGCUCGACGACAUCUAUCCGGGAUGCUUGACAUUCUCUGAAGGCAGAAUCGAAGUAAAUCUUGACAAGAAGAUCGCGAAGAUUGAUGUCAAGCGACUGAAUGGACGCGAUGGCAAAGUCGGUUGUUUCUGGAACACGAUGGAGAUCACGGCCAAGGCUGGUGUCCAUUAUGUUGACACAAAGGGCAUCGUUCUCUUCGACGAUGGCGAAGAAGAAAAGACGAUAGAAGUCCCACUUUGUGCAAAUACCAAACUUGACGCCAACGAUUUCCUCGAGUUCAAGGUUGUCCUCAUCGAGCCGCAAGGAAAGUGUUCGCUUGGAACUAAUCAAAAAUGCUACGUCAAACUCCUCCCUGCCGAAGAAAAAUUCGUGUUUUCUGAAAAAUACCUGACCUACCGAUUAUCCGAGAAGAUGGCGAUCAUUCCAGUUGAAAGAAGAUUUACCUCUGGUGUAUCGACACUCAAAUGGCACACGCGAUGGUCGAGAAAGAUUCACGAAGAGGAUUCUGAUGAUCAAGUUUCAGAGAAUGAAGGAGAGGAGCCACCAAACUGGGCGUCUGGAUUCAUUGUUUUCAAGGAUGGCCAACAAAAAGCUCAUAUCGAGGUUCCACUCAUCGACAAGAUUCCAAAGAAACGAUCUCUUUGCUGGGUUUAUAUUUCCGACGCUAAGACAUCGGAGAGCAUCGCUAGAACUCAGAUGCAACUCAUUGAAGAUCGCUUGGAUGCCCCGACGAACAUUCAAACCGAAGUCCACGCAACGCAAUGCGUUGUCAUGUGGGAUUUCCAGCGCUAUGUCCGCGAGUAUCAAAUUACUUACUCAAAGACAUCUCGGCAGUCGGUGAAGCUGAUGAAAGUUUCUGGCGAUGAAGAAAAUGUCGUCUUGCUUGAUUUGGAUCCUUGCUCUGAGUACGAGAUCAUGAUCGCUGCGAUCAACCAGUUUGGUAACAGCGCCACUUCGGAAACAAUCACGAUCAUGACUCCGGGAUUACCGCCAUCAAAACCAUCGAGAUUGGCGUUCCAGCUCCUCUCUCCCACUUCUCUGCAGGUCAACUGGGGUGAGCCAACCCAUUGCCACGGCGAAAUUACAUCCUACGUCGUUGAAUACCAUACAAUCGAUGAGCAUUCUGGAAUUCCACCGAUGAUCGUUCCACUUCCGGGACCAGAUCACAGAUCCCUCUUCGUCGAAAAUCUCGUUGAGAACACGGAAUAUCGAUACACGGUUCGAGCAGAAAACCUAUGGGGUCUUGGUGAGAUGAGAACAGCAAGAAUGUGGAUCAAACCAAUGGCUGGUAGAGGCUCCAGACCUCCAUCAACUGUUGUCAUGGGCUCUGAGAGCUCCCUAGCUUCCCACUCGACUUGGCAAGGCGAACAAGGACAGUACAAUAUCGAGGUUGAGGAAACUGACAACACCACCGACGCCGGCUACAGAUCCGAAAAGCACAAGACGUGGACAACUCACUCUAAGGGUGGAUUCACCACGGAUACUGGCAACUCGGAUAUCGAUCUUCCGUCUGAUCUUGGUUCGCCGAUCGGCACUUUUUCGCCUGAUAUUAUGCAGCAGCAUUCUUCAAACCAAGUGACGAUCAGUGGUCGACCUCAGCAAGCUACCAUUCUCUCCGAAGACCUGAAAAUGUCCGGCAACAAGGUUCUCAGAACAGUCGUCGACGUGAACGUCAAUCCCGAAGUCAAAAAGAUCACAACCAAGAAAGUCACGAAGCAGUUCAGAAGCGACGAAGGCGUUCUCUCAGAAGUUGAAGAGCAUUACAGAGGACAGGAAGAAUACAUGUCACAUGACGUCCAGUCGAAUAUUCAUAAAGAUGAACAUGUUGACACUGAUGUCAAAACCAGACAAGAUGGCGAUACAGAGAUCACAACAAUCACCAAAACAGUAACUCACAGGACAGUCGAAGAAACCCGCGAAACGCUUACCGGAGGUGUUCGAAAUUUACAUCACGAACGAAGCCCUUAUCGAGUGCGCCGCGAAAAACAGCAACCGAUGGAAUCAUCUGACAGCGAAUAA